AUGGUUUAUAAUUACACAGUACCAAGAAAACCAGUGGCUGCUUCUUACGGGAAUCCGGGUCCGUGCUACACCCUUCCAUCUCUUACGGGUUAUCCAAAACACGACCCCCAGUCAGUUCACAUAAGGGAACCACAGUGGUCUUUUGGAAUAAAACAUGAAAAUGAAGUUAACAGCGGCCCUGGACCAGGCUAUUAUUUGAGUUCAGACGUCUCAAGGCAUGGCAAGGAAGCUAAAAUGCCUUGUUCCAUGAAAGGACAACGGAAAGAUUCUGCAAAGGCCAUUACACCAGGAGCUAAUGCGUAUAAUACGGGACCUUCAUUCAAAGCAAACACCCACAAAGCGCCGGUGUACUCCUUUAGAACAAAACCCAAUGAUCUCUCGAGAGGCGAUUUUCCAGCACCAAACGCAUACUCGUUGGACACUAUGAUUGGUAAGACAAUCCGUAGCGACAAAUCCAGUGCACCAAUUUAUUCGCUUGCAAGUCGAAUAGAAUCAGAAUCGGAACGGAGGCUCAGAAAAAACGAGAUACCUGGACCUGGAGCACACAAAGUGACGGAUCCCUCAGUUUACAAUGCAAAAGCCCCCCAGUAUACGAUAACGUCUCGAAGUUGGCCACCUGGAGACUCUUUUAACACUCCGGGGCCGGAUGCAUAUAAACGAGAAGCGGUAUACCUCAAUAAGCCGAUAAAUCCAAAGACUUCAUUUGGAAUAAAGCAUUCGAAAUACCAGGGUGAACUCAUCAGUGCGGCUGAUCUGGUGGACUAA